AUGUUGGAAGAUUCCAAUCCCGGCGAAGCCGGGUUAUCGAUGACUGAGUUCAGCGAUGCGCGUUUCAACCAGGAUAGCUCAUGUUUGGUCAUCAGCUGCCCCGCGGGGUUCCGCAUCUACAACUGCAACCCGUUUUCGUUAGCUUGCGAGCGCGACUUGUCUGCCCAUGCGCACGGGAGUGUGAGGACGGUUGAGAUGAUGUAUCGGUGCAACAUUCUGGCGGUGGUCGGCGACGAUAAUGUAUCGUGGAACGCCGAGCAGACGGACCGCGGGUCGGUGCAGUGGACUCGCAACGUGCUGCUGCUGUGGGACGACAAGGACUGCUGUGAGAUAGCUAGGUUGGUGUUCAACAGUAGCAUUACGAACGUGAAGUUGUCGCGCCAUCUGCUGUUAGUGGCUGUUGUGGAUGAGUUGCAUGUGUAUCAUCUGCACGACAUGAAGCUGCUGGAUACGUUCAGCACGUUUUACAACCCUCAGGGUUUGUGCUCGUUGGCCGCCAACGACGACAUGAACAUUAUCGCUUUCCCCAGCCCUACGCGUGGCAUCAUUGGCCUGGCGUACUACCACUUGGACUGUACCAACGGCGCGUUGUUGAGCCGCGAGGGCACGACGAUCCUCGCGCACAAUUCCGACAUUUGCAGCCUGUGUUUGAGCGUCGACGGGCUGUUGGUGGUGUCUGCAUCACGGCGUGGGCGAUUCAUUCGCAUUUGGAACGCGUUUUCGGGCGAGUUGCUCCAGGUGCUCCGCAAGGUCCUCGUCGUGGGCAUGAUCCGCCUCUGCGUGUUGAGUCCGGACGCAACGAUUUUGUGCACAGUGAGCAAACUCAACGUGGUGUUGGUGUACCGUGUGGACCCGCAAUCGCCUAGGAUAAGGAGGACCGUCAGGGAUGAGCCGCCCAGUGCUGCUGACCGGGCCUCCUUUGUGCCCAUCAAUGGAAUGGAUCACAUGAGGUUCUGCCUACAUUUCCGGCUGCUGCAGAGACACCGUUUGUACAAAAUGUUUACAUUUGCGUUCUCGCGCUAUUAUCCGGACGCGCUGGUGGUGGCGUGCACGUUCCUGCCCACGACCAACAACUUGCUGCUGGUGCUAUCAAACGGCCACGUCCAACGUCUGGGCGUCACAGGCCGCUUACGCCUACUUGCAGACCACUCGCUGUAA